AUGCAGUACGAGAAGCAGCUUGGGAUCAGAUACACAGAUCAAAAAAUUGGAUGGGAUUUCUGGAAUGCAAUGCUAUACGCUCAGACGAUUUGCACAACGAUUGGAUACGGUCAUCUGUAUCCGUCAACUAAUGCUGGUCGUGUAUUUACGAUGCUAUAUGCAAUUAUUGGUAUUCCUCUCGUGCUAAGCAUUCUCGAUGACUUA